AUGGCUUCCAUAACCUUCCUAGUGUUACUCCUUCUUGCUCUUAUCAUUCCUCAGGGGUUUGCCAACUAUGAGAAACCUCCUAUUUAUCAACCACCGGUGGAAACACCUCCCAUCUACAAGCCGCCGGUUGAAAAGCCUCCUGUUUACAAACCACCAGUAGAAAAGCCACCUGUGUACAAGCCACCUGUCGAGAAACCUCCUGUUUACAAACCACCUGUCGAGAAACCUCCCGUCUAUAAACCACCUGUUUACCAACCUCCUGUCUACAAGCCACCUACUGAAAAGCCACCGGUGUACAAACCACCAGUUGAGAAGCCUCCAGUUUACAAACCACCUGUAGAGAAGCCUCCAGUCUACAAGCCUCCAGUUGAGAAGCCUCCAACCUACAAACCACCGGUAGAGAAACCUCCAGUAUACAAACCACCAGUCGAAAAACCUCCGGUUUAUAAACCACCAGUUUACACGCCUCCUCCUCCAUACUAG